CUGGCUUUUGUUCAUACCCACAGGUGCUUCUACCCUCGUCUAGCUGGCGAUGAGGCUAGUAUUUCUGUAUGGACGGAUGACUGGGAUCUCUGCCGGCAGAGGAUGGCCCUUGUUUGGGGGAAAUCUAGGCUAAGGGUGGGUAAAGGCGUUGGUACUGAAGGUGCAUGGGGAAAUAUGGGGCAUAUAGGAAGUUGA